UAUCGAGAGUGCAGAUAAGUUCAGGCAAAGCACCAAAAUGAAAGACAUGGACAAUAUCACAACUGUAAAGAAAGAAUGGAUGUGUAAAUCAGGAACCAAUGAUCAGAUUUUAAAUGGUACAGAACAAAACUGUGACUACUUUGUAGAUAACCUUUUUCAAGAAGCUCAGAAGGUUGGUGCUAUGUGUGUGCCCCCAGCUACAGUCAAGAAUCAGGUUGAUGUAAUUAUUAAACUUUGGAAAAAUGGGUUUACAGUAAAUGAUGGUGACCUUAGGAGCUACACUGAUGUUGCAAACCAGCAGUUCUUGGACUCCAUUAAAAAGGGGGAACUGCCUUUUGAGCUACAGAAAGUUUUUGAUAAGGAGGAAGUAGAUGUGAAAAUGGAAGAUAAAAAAGACAAGGUGUAUUUGUCAUCAAAGAAACCAAUAUUUCAUCCCUUUUCCGGACAUGGUUACAGAUUGGGAAGUGCUACUCCAAGGAUAAUCUCUAAAGUAAGAGAUGAUCAUCAAGGACCUGACAAGAGACACCUACCUUUAGUACCCUUAAAUCAUUUGGAGCCUAUCACUAACAUACAGAUCUGGUUAGCUGACGGAGAAAGGGUGAUUCAGAAAUUCAAUAUUUCUCAUAGAAUAAGUCACAUCAGAGACUUCAUAACCAAGUACCAAGGAUCAGAGGGAAGUGUUCCCUUCACACUGACUACUUCGCUGCCGUUUCGAGAGCUGCAUGACGAGACACUCACGCUAGAGGAAGCAAAGCUGAAAAAUGCUGUUGUUGUUCAGAGACUGCAGAAAACAACUGAACCUUUCAAACUCUUAAUGAUAAAGGCACCUGACAGUGACUAUAAAAAUGCUGCAGCACCUAAUGGACAGCUGAAGAAUGAACAAAAAAAUGCUAUCAAAAGCUCAAGAUCAAAUUAGCUUUUUACUGACCAAAAACUACAUACAAGUGGAACUAGACAAAACCAAAAAUGUAACCAGCAAUAUCUGGAUGCACUCUCAUCCUCAUGUACUGUGCUCUUAGGGAGCAAAAUGUGUGCUGUGCUGUCACCUGCUAUAAUAGACACGUUUUUUGAACUAAAUUUGGUGGUCAGAACCUGGCUGUAUAACAUAGCAGAGGCCAGUGUCAUCCUUAGAACUUCCUUAGGUAGAAAACUUCUUAGUUCUUUAAUGAGUGUAUUUAGGUGGGGCAGUUCUCUUAGAGUUAAUUACUACUGAUAGCACCUUUUAAAAGG